AUGGCCGUGCCCGGCCUGAGGGUGGUGAGUGUGAGCGGGCAGCCGGGCUUCGUGUCGUUCGGUCCGUCGGCAGACAGCGACUACCGAAUGGGCGUCAAGCCGAGCGGCGAGUUCGUCAUAAUGAGGGGCAGCACGAUUGCACUCUCGCUCGGCACCGAUAACACACUGACCAUCCCCUCCGGACUUCUCGUCAAGUAACAUGUCACAGCACAAACACACGAAAUGUCUGUCUGUCUUGACAUAUGUCGUGUGCGUGUGUGAAGGUCUUUGGAUGUGGAGGGCGAGCUCAAGUCUUUCGGCGUGCCACAGUGGAGACUCGUAAGAGAGAGACACACACAGAGACAGACAGAGAGAGAGAUUGUGUGUCACAUGUCAUCCGUGUGUCAGUGGCACAAGGAGGAUUUCAGCGGCAGUGUGACAGGCUGGGACAACAACACCGUCACCCAGUGUGCCGGACUCACCAUGCUCGGCGGAUACAGAGCCUUCAGGUGAGUGAGGCCUCCACCCAUAUGGCCACACAAUGAAUGACCUGGCACCCACGUUGAUGAGUCCAUGACAUGUGUGUGUGCGCUUUGACAGCGAGGGUGAGGUGUCGAAGGUCUUCAAGGGUCUGCCGCCCCACUCGCACAUCCGAAUCCGAGCGACGUACCACUUCAUCGACGCGUGGAUCGGCGAGACGGGCUUCAUGCGUGCGGACGUCGGCCGCAGCGGAGAGCUCAUCCACGUGUGGACGGAGAGGCACAGCCAAGACCAUGAGCAAGACGGGUACGCGGACGGAUGGACGGACAGACAGAUGGAUGGAUGGCAUGUCCUCUGUGCAUCUCUCUGUCUCUGUGUGUCCGGUGUGUAGUGUGAAUGUGUGUGGGGAUCCGUCGGUGUCUGAGGGCAAGUUCGCUGUGCCCAUCGACAUCUCAUUCACACACACGGCAGACCAAAUCACAAUCGCAUUCGGUAACCACAAAGAGGGAGAGGGAGAGGAGAUUGGUGCCUCCAUGUCUCUCUGCGAUGUGUGUGUGGUGUCACGUGUGUGUGUCAGGGUCAACGAUGAAGGGCGUCUCGGCUGACAAGGAGAGCUGGGGCGUGUCCUCGAUGGAAAUCUAUGUUCAGUGA